AAUUUCGAAAUAGAGCGUUUCUCUUCCCGUGUGUUGUUGAAGGCAGCGUGUCGGAAACGUUUGCCCGGCCGGUAGCGGGGCGGAUUUAGUAGUUGCAACCGGGCGACAAUAACUUUAAACGUUUAAAAAACGAAACGCGUAAAAUGUAACGUUAACUUAGCUAGCGAACUAUCAGCUACCGAACCCCUUUUCUUUCCGUUGAAAUGGCCGAAACGGAAAGUUCAACGCGGAGAGGAGUCCUGGACUUCAGUCCAGUAAAGAGCGACAACGCCAACAAGGAAAACGAGGUUCCAGUUUUGAUCUUGACCCUGUUUUCCAAGGCUCCUUUUGUGUCAUUUGGAACAGUAAAGCUCGGCACCUCCAAGUCCGUCCUUCUGCGCAUCGAGAACCCGACGCGGGACUCUGAAGCGGAGGUCACCGUCGAGAGGAUCCCCUCGAGCAAAGGCUUCUCCGUGGACCGCGACGCGAUCACGAUCCAGCCCGAGGACUCGUUCGGUCUGACGGUGACAUGGACUCCGUCAGAAGAAGGUGCAAUCAGAGAGCUCAUCCUCUUCAGCGCCAACGGGGUCCUCAAACUCCAGGCCGUGCUGCUGGGGAGAGCAGAAGCCCCCAAGAAGAAGAAGAAAAGCCUGUGGGACACAAUCAAAAACAAAAGGGAUGGUGAAAAAGUAACUGCACCAAGGAGAAAGAAAACCGAACAACCAUUGAAGAUGUCUGCCAAUAAAACCUUCCAGGUGUCCAGAAAGCCGCAGUACAAGCGGGAAAAGCCACGCAGCCCGCUGGCGUCGCUCAAUGAGGGCAAAGUGGUCCGGCAGAGAUCCUUCUCCAAGCUCGGCCCCCUUGACGAUUACUCUCAGAAACCUGCCUCGAAUUCCACCGAGAGGCAACGGCCCGGGGGCUCGUUGGACCAGGAGAACGUCCGUCCCGUUCAGAGGAACUCUCCCCUCGUCCUGCUCGUGGCGGCCGGGGAGCCGGUGGACUCUGGCAACGUGUCGGCGUGCCCCGACGCCUUCGUCGGCAAACCCGAAAGCAAAAUGCUCAACAGGACGCUGUCGCCCGUCGGGACCCCCGACCGGUUUAAGAGGCUCAUGCCGCGCAUUCAGUCAGAUGGCCCACUUCCUGCUCCUGCAAAUUCUGAGGGUGACAGCGCGCCACCUGGAACCCCAGUUCUGUCUUUGAAAGACGCGCUGGCCCUGAUCGACUCUGAUCUGAGCCUCAUCAGCACCAGCCCCAGAGACGCUAGUUUGAGCUGCAGUUUUUCCGAUUCACUGGAGUCCAAGAGUGGGAAUCGUGGCUGGGGGGCCGACGGAAAGGAUCUCCAAGCGUUACCCGAUAGCCCACAGGGGCCCGAGUCCAGGGAGACCAGGCUGACCUUCUUCGUCAGCGACACGGCCGUUGUUUCGGAGAGUGCGGCGGAAGGGCUCCAAAAGGCCCCUUUCACCUCCGCCACGGUGACCAAGGGCCGCGCGCCGGUCGAGGCCGACCACUCGAGCGGGAGGAAAGUAAAGCGGUCCAGGCGGAGGCUUUUAGAGAGGACGCUCGAGCUGUCCGACGGCCGGUGCGAGUCCGGACCGGUCGCCCCCCGUCUCCCCGUCAUAGACCUGCACGCAGGAGCCACGGCGCCGGGCCGGGAGGUCGCUUCCUCCCGGGGGACCCUUCGGCCCGACUGCUCGCCUACAGCAGUCACCUUCCCCGUCGUCUCCCCCCCAUCAGUCGCCCCCGGCCGCUUCUCGUUCUCGCCCCCACCCGUCGCUUUCGGGGCGACCAUCUCUCCCUCGCCCCUGGGCUCCUCGUCCCCGCUGCACCAGGUGUCCGGGACCCCUUCGGUGCCGCCGUGUGCCCACGACGACUCGUUCCCCGUCCACGUGGCAGCGGCGAGCAAGAAGAGGAAGAGCGAGGAGUAUUUGAGAAGUGACGCCAAGGCAGGGGAUGGCGGGAAGGCCGAGCGCUUCAAAAGGAGCAGGGUGGCGACGGCGGCGGCGGGAAAAGCUGAGCCGCCGCGGCGCCCUGUGCAGGAGAGGAGGAGUGCAUCCCUGAGGCGACCGUCGAAAGCAGCAGGCUCUGUGCGGUCAACGUCUUCAUCUCUGAAGACGGCGGCGAGGCCUGCGGUUCCUUUCCAGGCAAAGCAAUCGAGCUCCAAUGUCUCCUCACGAGGUGCACGGGCAUGUGGUGUUUCCUCCGUGAACACCACGAAGGUGGUUGCCGUUGCGCAGUCUAAGCUGACCUUCAUUAAGCCGGCGCAAACGGCCAUCCCGAGGCACCCGAUGCCAUUCGCUGCCCAGAACAUGUUCUAUGACGAGCGGUGGAUCGAGAAGCAGGAGCGGGGGUUCACCUGGUGGCUGAACUACGUUCUCACCCCAGACGACUUCAGGGUCAACACCGAGGUCGCCAAAGUGAAUGCCGUGACCCUGGUGCUCGGCGGCGACGGCGACACGUACAGUGUGCCCAAGGCUCCCACCAAAGAAGAGAUGUCCUUCAGCACCUACACGGCCCGGCGGAAGCUGAACCGCCUGCGGCGCGCUGCCUGCCAGCUCUUUGCUUCGGAGGCCCUGGUCAAGGCCAUCCAGAGGCUCGAGCUGGAGGUGGAGGCCAAGAGGCUGCUCGUCCGAAAGGACCGCCAUCUUUGGAAGGACAUUGGUGAACGCCGAAAGCUCCUCCACUGGCUCCUGUCGUACAAUCCGCUGUGGUUGAGGAUCGGGCUCGAGACGAUCUUCGGGGAGCUGAUCUCACUGGAGAGCAACAGCGACGCUUUGGGUCUGGCUCUGUUCAUCCUCCAGCGGCUGCUGUGGAACCCGGACAUCGCCGCUCAGUUCAGACACGCCAAAGUGCCUCACCUCUACAGAGACGGCCACGAGGAGGCGCUGUCUCGCUUCACUCUGAAGAAGCUUCUUCUGCUGGUGUGUUUCCUGGACAAAGCCAAAGAGGCCCGUCUGAUUGAGCACGACCCCUGUCUGUUCUGCCUCGAUGCCGAGUUCAAGACGAGUCGAGACCUGCUGCUGGCCUUCUCCAGGGACUUCCUGAGCGGGGAAGGCAUCCUCCCCCGGCACCUGGGCUACAUGGGGCUGCCCGUCUCCCACGUUCAGAGGCCCCUGGACGAGUUCAACUUCGCUGUGAAGAACUUGGCAGUCGAUCUGAAAUGCGGCAUUCGUCUAGUGCGAGUGAUGGAGCUCCUCAUCCAGGACUGGAGUUUGUCAGCCAAGCUGCGUCUGCCGGCCAUCAGCCGCCUGCAGAAGGUCCACAACGUCGACGUGUCUCUGCAAGUGCUCAAAAGCAAAGGGGUCGACCUCAAGGACGAACACGGCUCCAGCAUUGAUUCCCGAGACAUCGUGGACGGACACAGAGAGAAGACACUGAGCCUCCUUUGGAAGAUCAUCUUUGCGUUUCACGUGGAGAGGAUUUUGGACGAGGAUCAGCUGAGGGAUGAAAUUGGCUUCCUGAAGAGAAGCCUGAGGACCAAGCGACGGCUGGCGUCUCUUCGGGCCGAUCGAGGCCUUCGGCCCAGUCCUUCAAAGGCCCGCGCGCCGUACGAACACGGCAGCACCAAGAUUACCCUGCUGAUGGACUGGGUCCGCGCCGUGUGCGACUUCUACAAUCUGAAGGUGGAAAACUUCACCGUGACGUUCUCUGAUGGCCGCGUCCUCUGCUACCUCAUCCACCACUACCACCCGGGUCUCCUGCCCGAGAGGGCCGUCAGUCACCGCACCACCCAGACGGUGGAGUGCUCGCAGAGGGGUCGCCUGGAGCUCAACUGCUCUGCCAGCGACUCCGACAGCUCCUUUGACUCGCCGCCGCCGGGCCUCACCGGCCCAGAUUUGCCAUCUGUGGAGUUUAAAGAGCUACUGGAGAAUGAAAAAAACAACUUUGGACUGGUCAACGCUGCCGUGUCCUUUCUGGGUGGCGUCCCUGCCAUGAUCAACCCAGCCGACAUGUCCAACACCAUCCCCAAUGACAAGGUUGUGAUGUCUUACCUGUCCUUCCUGUGUGCUCGUCUUCUGGAUCUGCGUAAUGAAAGCCGAGCCGCUCGGGUCAUACAGGGCGCCUGGAGGAAGUACAGAUUAAAGAAGCAUCUACAGCUCUACGAGGAAAGAAACACGGCUGCCAUGAAAAUCCAGUUAGUUGUGAGGAGUUUUCUCCAGAAGCGCAGAGCGAAGAGGCAGAAAGAAGCUGCCGCCGUCAUCCAAGCGGUCUGGAGGGGUUUCGUAGCCCGCAACAGGCUGAGGCUGCAGAAGCAGGCGCAUCUUCGGGCUCUGCAGCAUCAAGCGGCAACUCUCAUCCAGACUCAAUGGAGGAUGUUUCGGGCCUGGAGGGCUUACCGGCGCCUCAGCUACUACGCCAUUGUUGUCCAAUCACAAUGGCGAAUGAGGCGGGCGGCCGCCGUUUAUGGAAGAAUUCGCUGGGCGGUGGCUGUCAUUCAGAAGCAGUCGCGGGCAUGGGCAGUGGCCAAAAGAGAUCGGGAACAGUACCUCUCCCUUAGAGCUGCAGUGGUGAAAAUACAGGAAGGGUACAGAAGAUGGAAAACCCGGAAAACGGAAAAGGAAAACCGCGCCGCCGGAGUGAUACAAGCCGCGUUCAAGAAAUGGUAUCAGCAAAAGAUGUCGGCGCGAACGGCUGCCGCUGUAAAGAUCCAGUCCUGGUACAGAAUGCUGAUGAGUCUCCAUCAAUACAGAAAGAUCCAGAGGAGCACGGCGCUCAUUCAGGCGCACUGCAGAGGUCACGCGCAGAGACGCCGCUUCCGGGCGCUGCUGCGGCGGCGGCGCUCGGCCGUCGUCCUCCAGAGCGCCUUCAGAGGGCGCGCCGUCAGGAACGCGGGUGGCGGAGAUGAGACGCGCCGCGGUCGCGAUCCAUUUGCUGCUCUUCCACCUAUGUAG